CCAUCAGUAUACAUACAUACAUCUCUAAUUCGUGUGUGCGUCUGGAUUUUGCUGUAUUUUUUAUUUAAGAAUGAAUUAUUAACUAGCCAUUAAUAAAUUAUUAUUAAAUAAAAAACAGUUAAAAACAGCGAAUCAACCCCACAUUGUACCUCAAUAACAUAACCAGAUACACACCGAGCCCUCUCGUAAGCCGAGAAAAGCAGGAACACCAUGGACCAGGAGAACUUCCACGGACAUAGCCUGCCGCAGCAGCUGCAGAACCUUCACAUCCAACAGCAGUCGCACCAGAACCCAGUCCAGACGGGAUUCGCUCCGCGUCGGCAGUAUGAGAACAUUGGCGGCAUGGGCAAUGGCAAUGUAUCCGGUGGGAGUCCGGUGAAAGGUGUCCCGAUGGGGCAACGAACCUUGAAGAUGAAGAAGGAGAAGGUGGCCGCGCACGUGCCUCAGUUGCCACUGUCUAGCCAGCUUCAGUUGUCGGAGCUGGGUGAUCCCUCCUUGGCGGGAGGAUCAGGGGGACAAGGAGUAGCCGGCCUGAUUGGGGGAAUCAUGCCCAGUGACGAGACUCUGAAAUUCGUCAGCGAGACGGAUGCUAAUGGACUGGCUAUGAAGACUCCCGUCAGUAUUCUGCAAGAGCUGCUUAGCCGGCGUGGUAUUACGCCGGGCUACGAGCUCGUCCAGAUCGAGGGCGCCAUUCAUGAGCCGACGUUUCGGUUCCGUGUGUCAUUCAAGGACAAGGAUACGCCCUUCACGGCCAUGGGUGCUGGACGCUCAAAGAAGGAGGCCAAGCAUGCGGCGGCUCGUGCGCUCAUCGACAAGCUAAUCGGCGCGCAGCUACCGGAAUCGCCCAGCAGCUCAGCCGGUCCAUCGGUGACUGGGCUGACGGUCGCUGGAAGCGGUGGAGAUGGCAACGCUAAUGCCACGGGUGGAGGAGAUUCCGGUGAUAAGAUCGUGGGUAAUCCUAUUGGUUGGCUGCAAGAGAUGUGUAUGCAACGGCGAUGGCCACCACCAUCAUACGAAACGGAAACGGAAGUUGGUCUGCCACACGAGAGGCUUUUCACAAUCGCCUGCUCAAUCCUUAACUAUCGCGAGAUGGGCAAGGGCAAAAGCAAGAAGAUAGCUAAGCGCUUAGCCGCCCACCGCAUGUGGAUGCGGCUGCAGGAGACGCCCAUAGAUUCGGCCAAGAUCAGCGACAGCAUCUGCGGCGAGUUGGAGGGCGAACCCCGCAAUAGCGAUAAUUAUUUUGGUGAAUUGAAAGAUAUCUCUGUGCCGACACUGACCACGCAGCACAGUAACAAAGUUUCCCAGUUUCAUAAAGUAUUAAAAAAUGCGACUGGUAAAAAACUUCUCAAGUUACAGAAGACUUGCCUAAAGAGCACUAAAAUCGACUUCAUCAAGCUGCUAGGCGAGAUAGCGACCGAGAACCAGUUCGAGGUGACCUACGUGGACAUCGAAGAGAAGACUUAUUCUGAUCAGUUCCAGUGUCUGGUUCAGCUCUCCACGCUGCCCGUGGGCGUUUGCCACGGAAGCGGUCCAACGGCCGCCGAUGCCCAGCGACAUGCCGCCCAGAAUGCUCUGGAGUAUUUAAAGAUCAUGACCAAGAAAUAGGUGCAGUCAACUGCAUAGCAAAAUCUGAACGCACAUCACGACCACGAGGAUUUGCCGCAAGGGUUUGCGGAUUUGAGUAUCACAGCUCAACAGGCAAUGUCCAAAGCACCAAUUUUCGGCAAAGAGCAACGGCGAUAUUGUUUUUUUUUUGUUCACUUUUAACGAUUCCUUCGAUUAGACAGACGACUUUAUUCACUAUAUAUGUAAAUGUUCAUAUACACUGAACAACGUAUGUACACUUUCAUAUACAGGCAAGUGUGUAAUCUUUAUUGGAAUCAAAUAGUCGCUUUGUGUAAAUUGUGUAAAACUCCUAAAAAAAAAAAAAAAUGAAAUACAAAACCAAUAAAUCCAAUGAAACUAACUAACUAGGCUUAAGUUGUUCUGUGGAGGUGAAAAGGCUUAUGAAUAUAUUAGUAUUUCGGCAAUCGGUA